CGCUUCGUUUGGAUCUAGCUGGUUGCUUGUGCUAAAGAUCUAGCAAUUGCUAUGACUGCUACUCGGGCUGAAGAUGAUAUUCUGGCAGGUCUCUCGGAGGCCCAGCGCGCCGAGGUGAAGGACGAGAAACUCUCGUCCGAUUCGAUCAACCACUCCUCACUUCCACAUUUGCACGAAGACGGGACCGAGGUCCCUACAGAGGAAGAUCUAGUCGCUCUUCGUCGUGUGCCCGACCGUCUUCCUGCGAGGAUCUACUCGAUCGCAUACGUCGAACUGGCAGAACGGUUCUCGUAUUAUGGAUCGAUCGUCGUUUUCACGAACUUCAUUCAGCAGCCUCUACCACCUGGUUCAAGAACAGGUGCAGGUGGUGAAGAUGGUCAAAGCGGUGCUCUUGGCAUGGGCCAGCGAGCUUCCACCGGAAUCGUGACAUUCAACAACUUCUGGAGCUAUGUCACCCCUCUUAUCGGUGGUUACCUCGCCGACACAUACUUUGGACGAUUCAGGACUGUCGCAUAUUCCAUCGUCAUCGCACUCGUAGGCCACGUUCUCCUCAUCACUUCCUCGCUCCCAGAUGUUAUUGCGAAACCCAAAGGCGCAUUGGGAUGUUUUGUUAUCGCCGUAAUCGUUAUGGGAAUCGGGACGGGUGGAUUUAAGAGUAACAUUUCGCCGCUUAUUGCUGAGCAGUAUACUGGGAAAUUGCAUGUACGCACUAUCAGGAGUGGAGAGCGCGUGCUUAUUGACCCGGCGCUUACUACCUCUCGCAUCUAUAUGUACUUCUAUUUCUUCAUCAACGUCGGAGCUCUCGUCGGUCAAAUUGGCAUGACUUACUCCGAGAAGUACGUCGGAUUCUGGCUCGCAUUCCUCCUUCCAACAGUAGUCUUUCUAACAGCACCACUGGUUCUAUUCCUGGGGCGCAAGGUCUACAUCCGAUCUCCACCUCAAGGCUCCGUUCUAGCCUCCGCACUGCGCGUCUACCGAUACGCCGCACGCGGAACCUGGUCUUGGAACACUUUCGAGACUUGGCGCAGGCAAAAGGCUGAUGGAUUCUGGGAGCGUGCGAAACCAAGCCGAAUUGACAAGGAACACGGAUCGAAGGAGGGAAAGCCUGCGUGGGUGACUUGGGAUGAUAAGUGGGUGGAUGAAGUACGAAGAGGGUUCAAGGCAUGUAUUGUUUUCGUUUGGUACCCUGUUUAUUGGCUUUCGUACAACCAAAUCGGCCAUAACUUAACUUCACAAGCAGCAACGAUGGAGACACACGGUCUCCCCAACGACGUCCUCGCAAACCUCAACCCCUUCGCUCUCCUCAUCUUCAUCCCGAUCUGCGACUUACUCGUCUACCCUGCCUUGCAACGCGCGAACAUUCGCUUCACACCUAUUAAGAAAAUCACAGCAGGGUUUUAUACGUGCGCGGCAGCUAUGAUCUGGGCCGCAGUCCUCCAACAUUAUUUGUAUAAAACUAAUCCGUGUGGAUACCACGCGAGUACGUGCGAAGACGACGAGGGGAAUAAACUUACUAGUCCGUUGAAUGUUUGGAUACAAAGUGGUACUUAUGUCCUGAUCGCACUGUCGGAGAUAUUUGCGAGUAUAACGGGUCUGGAGUAUGCGUUUACCAAGGCACCCAAGAACAUGAGAAGUUUUGUUAUGGGGAUUUUCUUGUUGAUGAGCGCGAUCUCGAGCGCGAUUGGUGAAGCAUUUGUUUCUCUAUCAGAAGACCCUCUCCUAGUAUGGAAUUACGGCGCCAUGGGUGUCUUCGCUUUUGUCGCUGGUACAGGUUUCUGGUUCUCCUUCCGCCGCUUGGACGCAGAAGAGGAGGCAUUAAACGCAAUUACAGAUGCAGAAGGAAUAAAUGUCAAGUCGAAUGAGAGUAACGAGAGUGAUGGUGUGGUUGGACAUGCGAGUGAGAAAGCUUGAGUGUAGGUUUAAUUUGUAGUAAUGUAGUUUACCGAGUACUAGUGACUCCACUGAUACUGAUGACUAUUGAAUGGUUAGUAUUUUGAUUACAGUCUCCCACUUUCUCUAAUAUUGCAUAGGACUGUCCCAAUGGUGUAUGAGAUGAUUUUGCAUUGUCUGUACUAGUAUGAAUUUGUAGUAUUUUGUUGCGCAAUGGACAUAAUAUACAUUUGAA